AGGAGUCUACAUAUAGAGUCCCAUGAAAAUAUAGCUAACGCUGUAAUAUCAAAAUAAGCCAAAUGCCAGAAUUUGAUAUCUAAAUUUAAGUUUCAAAAAAUCGUGUUCAACAUGAUAAAAAAAACUGCAAUACUCGGUCCGAAAUCUUUUACACGAGUUUGUCAACUACGAUGCCUGUCGCAAUUAGCAGCAAAACGACAGGAAAAUGCAGCUGAAAAAAUGUUAGCAUGGCAAAUACAUUCUUAUGGUAGUUUAGAUGAAUUGAAAUUAUCAAAAGCUAGAUUGCCAGUACUUGUGCGACCUUCUGAUGUUAUAAUAAAAGUGGAUGCUGCUAGUGUUAAUCCAAUUGAUGUAGCCAUGGUUUAUGGAUAUGGUUCAAAAGUAUUGAAUGUUAUGCGUAAAGUAAAGGGUUGUGUGGGUAAACCAUACAGUGAUAUUGAGUUUCCACUAACAAUGGGCAGAGACUUCGCCGGAACUGUAGUUUCUAUAGGGCAUGGAGUUGAUAGACUCAAAAUAGGUGACGAAAUUUGGGGUGUUGUUCCUAUAGAGCAACAAGGAUGUCAUGCUAAUUAUGUUAUGGUCGACAGCUGUUUGGUCAGUCCUAAACCUAAAAAUAUAUCUCAUGUUGAAGCUGCUAGCAUAUUAUAUGCUGGAUUGACUGCAUGGUCUGCAUUGUGGUACACUGGUGGACUUUGUUACAAAACAGUUAUUCCUUCACAAAUGUACAAAAAAAUUUUAGUUCUGGGUGGCUCAGGAGGUGUUGGAUCUAUAGCCAUUCAACUUUUAAAAGCUUGGAAUAUGCAAGUAACUACAACUUGCAGCAUUGAUGCAAUAGAUAUGUUGCAAGAGUUAGGUGCAGAUGUAGUUAUAAAUUACAAGGAAAGUGAUGCAGAUUCAAAAGUUAUUGCAGAGGGGCCGUAUGACAUUAUACUUGACUGUGCUAAUCAAGGGUUUGAAAAUAUGAAAUCUAAAGGCUACCCUCAUUCCAACUAUAUAACGUUAAAUUCACCACUCUUAAAAAAUUUUGAUGAGCAUGGUUUACUGUUGGGAGCUAUAAAAAAUUUUGGUGAUUUGUUCAAGCAGAAUAUACCAAUCAGUGAAAAGCAAAGCUUUGUUAAAUGGGGAUUUUUCGCGCCAUCUCCAACAGGAAUCAAAGUGAUCGAAGAGCUUGUGGAAGCAAAAAAAAUAAUUCCAGUUAUUCAAGAAAUUUUUCCUUUUGAUGCCUUACCUAAAGCUUAUGAAAGAGUAAGUGAGGGCCAUUUAAGAGGAAAGGUUGUGAUUAAUAUGAGGUAAAAAGUUGUGUUGACUAUAGUGUGUUUGAAUUAUUUUUAUAUUAAAUUAAUAUCUAGCUUUUAUUUGU